AUUUGUUAUCUUAAUGUCGAAUAACAAUGUUAUUCUCCUAACGAUCAAAUCUCUACAGGGUCAAAGAGCACAGAUCACUUAACUCUGAUUAGUACUACUGUUUUCAGUUAGCGCAAUGAAACUUCUCGUUGCUGUCGUGUUGCUGUGUUUCAAGAACAUCUACGCCUACAAUUAUACUGUUAAGUACAUCGAUGUUCCCGUGGAUCACUUCAGCUUCACGACUAAUGCCACCUUCAAACUGAAAUACCUCAUCAACGAUAGUUUCUGGAUUGACGACGGCCCGAUAUUCUUUUAUACAGGAAAUGAAGGAAUCAUCGAAAACUUCGCCGAAAACACCGGUUUCAUGUUUGAUAAGGCUCCCAUGUUCAACGCUUUGUUAGUGUUUGCAGAACAUCGUUAUUAUGGCGAGUCCUUACCUUUCGGAAACUUAUCUUUCAGUACUCCAGCUCACUUGGGGUACUUAACGGCAAAUCAAGCUCUGGCUGAUUACGUUUACUUAAUCAAUUAUCUCCAAACCGAGCAUUCGCGCUCGGCUUACUUAAAUAAAGUACCUGUAGUGGCUUUUGGGGGUUCCUAUGGUGGCAUGUUAGCAUCAUGGCUAAGAAUGAAAUAUCCAGCAUCUGUGAUAGGGGCUAUUGCUUCUUCUGCCCCGAUUUGGCAGUUUCAAGGGCUCACCCCUUGUGAAAAUUUCAACAGAAUUGUGACCGACGUUUAUAAAACAGCCUUAGAAGAAGACUGCAGUGACCCUUUACAAAAAUCGUGGAAGAUCAUACGAAAUCUAACGUCCACUGAUGCCGGGAAGUCAUGGCUGUCGACAGAAUGGAAGUUGUGUACACCUCUCAAAACAGCCGCCGACGUCAAUACUUUGGUGAACUGGUUUUCCGAAAUUCUUAUUAACAUAGUCAUGGUAAAUUACCCUUACCCUACUAGUUUCUUGGCGCCGUUGCCUGCUAACCCCGUCAGAAGUUUCUGCAACAAGUUGACAGGAGUAGAGGUCACCGACGACAAAACAUUGCUAACGUCAAUUGGAGCAGCUUUACAAAUCUAUACCAACUACACCGAAACAACUACGUGUAAUAACAUCAACCAAACGGCCGCUGCUUUAGGUGAAGCAGCCUGGGACUUCCAAGCUUGUACUGAAAUGAUAAUGCCGAUGUGUUCCGAUGAUAAUGACAUGUUUGAAAACUAUGCUUGGGAUUUUAACGAUUAUGCGACCAAUUGUAAUAAAAAGUGGAACGUGAGACAGACCCUUGCGGAACUCCCCGUCCUGGAAUUCGGUGGAAAAGACAUAGGAGCUGCUAGUAAUAUAGUUUUCAGUAAUGGCCUUUUAGAUCCAUGGUCAAGCGGUGGUGUUUUGAGCAAUGUCUCCUCAACUGUUUCCGCCGUCAUAAUUCCUGAAGGUGCCCACCAUCUUGACUUGCGAGGUGAAAAUCCCGCCGAUCCGAAGUCCGUGACAGAAGCACGAGAAUUCCACGUCAGUAAUAUCAGAGCCUGGAUAAGUGAAUUUUACAACUCCCGGGAUACCAACUAUUUUAAAAAGUCUGUACUAUAUGAAAAAAUUAAGUAUACGCACGCGUCUGUAUAAAAUAUAUUUCUAAAAAAUUUAUAAAACGUGGUAUAAUGGUAACGAUGUAAGCGAAUAAAAUAAAUUGUAUAAAACAUAACAA